CAGCUGACCGGGUCUCCCGCCUACGGCUGGUUUUCUGGGGGGCCGCACACUAAGACAGGCCAAACACGCAUAUACCCAGGACGGACACACACAGACGGGCGCGAGGAGAGAGAGAGAGGAGAGAGAGACGGACCCACACAGGGCUCCUCAGUUCGAGGACGGACUCAGCGCCGCGGGGAGCCGGCCCCCCACCUCCUGGGGCGGGCCUGUUUUGGGGGAUCCCUUGACCCGUCCCCUCCCACCCAAGCUCCGGCCCUCGUCCUUCCUCCACGGGGCUUGAGCCGCUCCUCUGCCCAGGACCGGACGCCAACGGUCAGCACAGCAGGCCCCGAGCCGACCCUCCGGCCAACCAUGGACGGUGCGGCCAACACUACCACCCUCCCAGGACUCAACCUGAGCUGCCCAGAAGCCAUCGAUGACUUCCGGAACCAGGUGUACUCCACCGUGUACUCUGCAAUCUCUGUGGUCGGCCUCCUGGGCAACGGCUUUGUACUCUAUGUGCUCCUCAAGACUUACCAUGAGAAGUCGGCCUUCCAGGUGUACCUGGUCAACCUGGCCCUAUCUGACCUGCUGUUCGUCAGCACGCUGCCACUGCGUGUGGUCUACUACGUGCACCGGGGCACGUGGUUCUUCGGGGAUCUGCUCUGCCGCCUCAGCACCUACACCCUCUAUGUCAACCUGUACUGCAGCAUCUUCUUCAUGACCGCCAUGAGCUUCUUCCGUUGCGUGGCCAUCGUCUUCCCGGUGCAGAACAUGAAGCUGGUGACGCAGAAGAAGGCCCAAUGGGUGUGUGCCUGCAUCUGGGCCUUCGUUAUCCUGAUCAGCUGCCCGUUCCUGAUGAGCGGCUCCCACAUAGACAAGUACAACAAGACCAAGUGCUUCGAGCCCCCGCAGUCCUCAUCUUCCCUCACCUCCCUCCUGAUCCUGCACUUUGUCGCCCUGGUACUGGGCUUCCUCCUGCCCUUUCUGGUCAUCACCAUCUGCUACACCAUGAUCGCCUGGACGCUGCUGAAGAACUCUCUGAAGAAGAAUCAGGCAGACCGCAGGAAGGCAGUCGGGAUGAUCUUGGUGGUCACCGCCACCUUCCUGAUAUGCUUCACGCCGUAUCACGUGCAGCGCUCCAUGUACCUGCUCUCCAUGGUCCUUUCCGGCCAAGACUGUGCAACCCAGCUCAGGAUGCAGAAGUCUGUGGUCAUCACCCUGUCGCUGGCUGCCACCAACUGCUGUUUUGACCCCCUCCUCUACUUCUUCUCUGGGGGGAACUUCAGGCGGAGGCUCUCCACCUUCCGCAAGCAAUCGUGGUCCAGCAUGACUUCGAUGCCCAAGAGGCUGGCCUCCCUCCAGGACCAGUGUGGCGAAUCUUUCAAAGAAUGAUGACCCUCCCCCCCAACCUGCCCUGCCCCCAUCCCUGACCUCACUCGGCUAUGCAGGGCUGCCUGGGGGUGGGGAAGAGAGGAGGGGGGCAAGCACUUGGCAAUGAGAAACUUUGAUCUCCCCCCCACACCAAUUCCCACCCCUCAGAAUCAUAGGAAUAUUUCCUAUGGUGGAACCCAAGCUGGAGAAGAUGGGACACAGAGGUGGCAGAUAGUCCAGAUCGGCAUGCUGUUGUCCAUUCAUUCAUUCAUUCAUUCAAUCGUAUUUAUU